GCACGCUCACAACUAGACUCUAGUACUACUGCAUCUCACUGAGUCGCCUAUAGCUAGUCUGUCUAGCUCAUCGUGAAUGAACUUACAAUGUUCUUCCAAUAGUGUAACUCGUGAGCAUUACUGCCCAGGCUCCAGCGUGUACUAAUUGAUAUUCUAGUCCAGCCAAUCGAUAAUGGCCGCUUCAGAACGCAUGUUCGCCGGCUGCCUGUUCGCCCUGCGUACCAUUCGUCACCUUGUUACCAAGAAAUCUCUUAGAAGUCAUGCUCGGCUGUCCUUCCAACUUACUCCAUGAGUGAAGACAAUCCUUCUCGGAAGAAGCGUUGGGGAUUACCGAGGCUAAGUCGGUCAAGCCCUCGUUUGGCAGAGGAGAGAGGCCACAGAGCAGUCAGUGAUCCGUCCUCUCUUCCGCCUUCGAGGAAUGGAUCUCACGGGAGAUUGUGGAGGUUUCUUCCCAAGUCAUUUGACAAAUUCGCUCGAAGCACUCGACAGUCUCCCAACUCAGAAUCUAUGGCUGCAAGUUCCAGCGCACGGGAUCUCCUACACCCUCAGACAAACCAGGAUCUUCCACCACUCACCACCGUCACUCCCGAACCAAAUCCUGACCAGUCUUCCGAUGUGGGCGUUGCAAACAUAAAUUCGGCUAUUACAUGCGGACAACCCGACCUGAAGGUUGUCAAGGAAAAGCUCGCAAAUGCUCAAGCAGAUCUUGACGGAAUCAGACAUGUCCCAGGAAUGGCGGAAAAUGCUGCUUCAGCAUCUGACAACCUACAAUCUCUUACCGAUACGAUCGACACGUUCGCCCCAAUGCUCGUACCAUUGAAAGUGUUUAACUUCAUCGCUACAAGGCUUGCAGAUGUCCAUCCCUACGCGAAGGUAGCGUUGAGUAUCUUCACCUUCGCGUCCAAGAUGAUUCUCGAUCAGGCGAACCGGGAUGAUGCCGUGUCCCGUCUGCUCUCGAAAAUUUCGGAUGUCUAUGCUUUAUUAACAGCCCACGAAGGAACGGCUAGGAUUGCAUGCCAUGCUAGAGUUAUAUGGAAAGAUUGCACGACAGACGCUGGAGUGUGCCGACUUUGUCGUCCAUUACUCGGAUAUGAAGAGGCGAAGACUUGGCAAGCACAUCUUUAAUGAAACAGAGUCUGCGAUACAACUUCACAACGA